UUUAACAUGGGGCUCUAUGGGGACUGACUCACUGCAGGAGACAGACUCUAGUGGACACUGGAGGAACUGCAGCUGUAAAGUUGGACAUUUUAACAUGGGGCUCUAUAGGGACUGACUCACUACAGGAGACAGACUCUAGUGGACACUGGGGGAAGUGCAGCUGUAAAGUUAGACAUUUUAACAUGGGGCUCUAUGAGGACUGACUCACUUAGUGUAUACUUCAGGAGAGUUAAUAUACCAAAGACUCUUGUCUCCUGCUGGAGUUUGAAAGACGUUGUCCGACUAAAACAGAAUAAAAUGUGUCUGGAUGAUCUUAAUCUUCAGUGAGAUUUGACAGGAACAGGACCGGUUUGUUUCUUUAUCAUAUGUGAAGUGUUCCAUGAAAGAACAGGUUUCUAGAAACACACCUGUGGAGGAGAAAAACAUACCUGUGUGCAGAGUGGGCGGGGCUAUGAGUGUGACGACUGUGUAAGAUUUUACAUGAACACUUAGCUGUAGGAGAUGAACACAUCGUCAGAGGAUGGAGAUCACUUCCUGUUUCUGUUGGGUGUCUGCAGCUGUGUUUGUCAUCACUUUGCUCUGGAGAUUUAUCUGGGGAGGUGGGACUCAUGUUGGGGCCCUCGUCGGGGCCCUUGGGGCCUCCCUGUGUUUUAUCCUUCCUCCCGUCUACCGUGGGGUCGCUCUCCUCGGCUGCAGCUUCAUCCUGACCUUUGUCACUGAGAGGAGAGGCAAGAUGCUACAGGCGGGGGGAAGAGCGGUGCUGGUAACAGGUUGUGAUUCAGGGUUUGGUCACGCUCUGGCAAAGCGGCUCAGUGACGAGGGCUUGCAGGUGUUUGCAGGUGUUCUGGAUGUGAACGGAGGCGGAGCUCAGCAGCUCAGAGAGCGAGGAUCUGAAAAGCUGAAGGUGCUGCAGCUGGAUGUGACGGACAGCGCGCAGAUAGAGACUGUUCACCAGUACAUCUGCACUCAGGUGGAGGACACAGGAUUGUGGGGUUUGGUGAAUAACGCAGGAGUCCUUCAGUGUCCCACAGACGCAGAGCUCCAACCCAUCACGUGGUACAGACGCUGCAUGGACGUCAACUUCCUGUCGGCGGUGAGGCUGUGUCAGGUGUUCCUCCCGCUGCUCAGGAGAUCCAGAGGACGCAUCGUCAACGUGACCAGCAUGGCAGGCGAGGUGCCCUUGCCGAUGUUUACGUCUUACGGAGCGUCGAAGGCCGCCCUCAGCAUGUUCUCCAGGGUGCUGAGGAUGGAGAUGUGUGUGUGGGGCGUCAGAGUGACUUUAAUCCAACCUGGAGGCUUCAGAACAAGUAUCUUCGGUAACAGUGAAGACGUCUCUCGGUUCACAGACGAGGUCCUGGCGGCUGUGUCCCCUGAAGCCAGAGAGGAUUAUGGGAAGAUGUACAUCUCGUCCCUCCCCGGCUUUCUGUCCAAAAUGUCCCAGCAGUCCUCAGAAGACCUGUCUCCAGUGGUGGAGGACAUGCUCCACGCUCUGCUGUCUGUUCAUCCCAGACCGCUUUACACCCCUGGACAGAUGGCGUGGCUGCUCCCGCUCCUGCACCGCUGCUGCCCCGCUGCCGUGUCGGAGUUCCUCAUCAGGAGGCUGUUUGUACCAAGCGCCUGUCGACCUGCAGGACUGACGACCAGCUGAGAAGCUAAACACACAAACUAUUAAACAAGAACCAACAUCCAGAGACCGAAGAUCUAAAGAGUCAGUAACAUGAACAUUUAUCAGGUCAGAGAAGAAAAUUAUUUUAACCUCGGCUGUAUUGAGUUUAAUGCAGUGGACUAUAUAGUGCACUCACUGAGCAAAAUUAAAAAACAUUUCAGACACUACUUGCUCACUCACUGGCCGCUGACAGUGACGUCAUUGUUGUCGCGCAACUGAAACGCGCAGCUUAGCAACGGCCGAGGAUCAAUAACAACGGUAAAUAACAGCAUGAAUUUCUGUGAUAACUCAUAUUAUACUGAGUGUAUUUUCAUGAAACAUUUGCAAAUAAGAAAUACUUAUAAAAUAUUGAAUUUUACAUAAUGAGACAUAUUUUCGGACCAAAACUAAAUUAUUUAUGCUCACAGACUCUGGUUUCUCGUCUGUCAUCAUCAUUAGGACAAACUAACAUCACUAAAGUUGAUGAUCUCUUAAUCUUUAUUAAAACUGAUCAUAGAUUUCAGUAAAACGCUCUGAAUAUGAACUUUAAUGACUUUCUGUGUUCAUGCUGGUCGCUCCUCUCGUCCGUUUGAGAGCAGCCGAGUCAAACGCCACUCUCAGCUCGUAAAAAUCUUUUGAACUGCAAUGCAUGAUGGUAUAUAUUGCACGCAUAGUGACCAUCGCUCAUACACUACUUUUCAAAAUGCAUUGUGGGAUACAUUGAGUGGACUAUAUAGUGUAUGACCAUGCUCACUCAGAAGUCGGACAGCACUACAAAAUGGCGUGUGAUUUCGUACACAGCCUAUGAAAUAUCUACAGUCUGCAUCAGACAUUUCCCACAAUGCAAAGCGGCAGGUCAGAGGUCAAAAUGACGGACAGCAACAUUCAUCGCAACAGAGGAAAUAAUCUCAAUCAGACCAAACCACACAAAUAUAUCUUUAUUGAUUUUGUAAAUCAUGAAAAUCUAAAUUUAUCUCUGCUCAGAUUUUUUCAGACUGUAAGCGGACGCUACAUUGUAGCGGCGUUUGACGUCUGUUGUUUACUUCCUCAUUCCAAGACCAGAAACCAUCUUAGCUGGUCCUGGUGUACUGCAGAUUAACCAGAGACUGGAGGUCAGACUACAGACUGCUGUAGGGCGCAGUACGAUGGACACUAGCAAUGUACCAUACUACAUACGUUACAUGCUACAGUAACAUGUAGUCCAUACUACACAGACAGAAACAACACAAAUCUUCAUCUCAUGAAUGGAUGUUUAUAUAUCUCAUACUUUAACAUUUUAUUUCUGUAUUUCUUUUGAAAUAAAUCUUCAUAUUUAAUCAUCUCUGAUGGUAAACUUUGUUUUCUCUUCUUCUGAUAUUGUGUUUGAAGCAUUUAAAUAAAACUGUUGCUGAGCUGUGAUGAACUGGUCUUAAAGAACCCAGUGAUUGACAAACUGAACUUAAAGAACCCUGUGAUUGAUAAACUGGUCUUAAAGAACCCUGUGAUUGAUAAACUGGUCUUAAAGAACCCUGUGAUUGAUAAACUGGUCUUAAAGAA